GUUUAGGACCAAUAAGCAGCACCAACACCAUGCUGCGUUUGUCAACAUUUUGCACGCUACUGGCGUUAACAGUUGCCCAAACAGGAUACGACUACAGCAAGCCUAACCCUCCAUUUGGACCUGGCACUUCUCCGAACCAACCAGGAUUCCCUGGAACUUCCACCGGCUAUCCCAGCUCCACUCCAUCAUACUCAAGCAACCAGCAAAACGAUUAUUCCAACAGACCUGGCUCUACACCUGGAUAUCAGUCAGGAACAUCUGGCACAACACCCAGCCAAGGUUACCCCGGAUCUGGGCAACGACCCCAACCUGGGUUCCCUGGAUCGUCUUUCCCAGGACAGGGCAAUACUCCUUCUGGUCCAACUUCUGGUAACUACCAAGGUGCACCAAAUUAUCCUGGAUCAAAUCAAGGACAAACUGCGCCAGGACAAGGAUUUGGACCUAGUUCCCCUGGUGGACAAGGAUUUGGCCCUAGUUCACCUGGUGGUCAAGGAUUUGGCCCUAGUUCACCUGGUGGUCAAGGAUUUGGCCCUAGUUCACCUGGUGGUCAAGGAUUUGGCCCUAGUUCACCUGGUGGUCAAGGAUUUGGACCUAGUUCCCCUGGUGGGCCAGGAUUCGGAUCUAGCUCCCCUGGCAGUCAAGGAUUUGGACCUAACUCUCCUGUAGGAUUUAGCGAUGAUACCGGAGCUUAUGAAGGAGGUGACUACUCGGCUAUUCCAGGACAACCAGAUAUCGACUACCCAAUAUUAACCGAUAUUCCACAAACCUCAUUCAGAUGCGAUGCUCAGCCUUACCCAGGAUAUUAUGCUGAUGUUGAGACCCGUUGUCAGGUUUUCCAUGUCUGCGCUAAUAACAGAACUUACGACUUCCUUUGCCCCAAUGGUACUAUAUUUUCACAGCAAGUCUUUGUGUGCGUUUGGUGGAAUCAAUUCGAUUGCAAUUCAGCACCUGGACUGUAUGAAUUGAACGCAAAUCUUUACGACUACUCAAUCAAUGGCGCACAAGGAGGAGCUAAUGAUUAUUCACAAGGCCCACCUGGGUCAUAUCCAACUGGACCUCAAGGCCCGGGAGGACGUCCAUCUGGAAAUACCCCAUUUAGCUCUGGUCCUCAAGGACCAAGUGGCUCGUAUCCAGGAAACUCGGGACCUCAAGGGCCUUCAAGUUCUUAUCCAGGAAGCUCAGGACCCCAAGGGCCUUCAAGUUCUUACCCAGGAAGCUCAGGACCACAAGGACCUUCAAGUUCAUAUCCUGGAAGCUCAGGAUCUCAAGGACCUUCAAGUUCAUAUCCUGGAAACUCAGGGCCUCAAGGACCUUCAAGUUCUUAUCCCAGUAGUUCAGGGCCUCAAGGACCUUCUGGACCGCAGGGAUCUACAUCCUCAUACCCUGGCCAAUCAGGUCAAGGGCCAACAUCUUCAUAUCCCGGUUCAGGAGGGCCAUCAUAUCCAGGAUCUGGGCCGCAACGUCCAGGAUCACAAAGCCAAGGUUUCCCCGGAUCUGGACCCUCUUCACUCUCAGGACCUCAGCUAUCAAACUAUCAAGGCAGCAGUCAAGGAUACCCAUCCGGCAAACCUAGCGGUCCCAGUUUUCCUGCUGGAGGAAGACCACAAAAUGAUUCUGAAUUUCCACCGUCACAACCAAACAGAGAAUACCUACCACCAAGAAAUUGAUUCAUAGAUAUUGAAACCUAUACACCUAUCACGAACAGUAUUGAAGACUUAUAUUGUAAGUUAGAUUAAGUAAUUAUUUGCCAAAAUUUAGACGCCAGUGUGGGCAUUAUGAUAACAAAUGAAAUCGUUGGUGCUGUUAACUUUAUACUUAUGUUCUUUAUCUCUUAGUAACUACUUACCAUUCUUAAGGUUUUUACCAGAUUUUUAAGCGUCGUUAAGGAAAAAAAUUUAAUCUAGUGAGAAUUUAUUAUAUCUUUAACUUUUCGUUGCGCCAUUAAUGUAAACUAAGUUAAUUGGUGUGAUAUAGUUGAAACAGAAAGUUACCAAUCUAGUUG